AAUGCCAGAUGUAUGUUGGGGAAAGCUAUAAUUUAACCUAAAAGUUGAGAGAAGGGGGUUAAGAAAACAGGGAGGAAAAAAAAAAAAAAAAAAACCGAUAGCAACAUACAAAACCGUCUGAUUUGAAUCCGAUGGCAACGAUGAUGGCCAUCGUUUCCAUUGGUGGAAUUGAAGUCAGCGUCACGAGUACGCGAACAGAGAAGAAAUUGGAGAUAAUGAAGGCAAUGGAGGGACAAAAAAUGAAGCUUUCCAUCAGUUGAAUGUGGAAUGAAUCCGCCAGUUCCCCUCUUUUAUUCACUGCUUCCAUUCAACCCAACCCUCUUUCCAAACAAUUCAGAGAAAGGAUGAUGAUGCAUAAUUGGAUCAUUAUUCAAUUAUUCGUAGAGGGAGAGAUACAGCGGAUCUGAAAUUGAGAUGUGAUUUUCUUUUCCUUCAUUUUCCUUUUCCACCCCUUUUCCCUUUUCCACUUCUUUAUUAUUCUGUUUUGUUAAUUGAAUAAUUGGGGUUGCCGUAAUCCAAGGGGGCGUGUGUGGAAGCCGAGUAGUCUUCAAUGCAAAGCCGGCUCUUCUUCUAACUCUGCUCUCCAUUUUCACUGUGCACACCCAGUUAAUCUAUCUCACACGAAACCUUAGCUUCCCACCCCCCCCAACGACCCUCUCCCUCGUCUCUUCAGCAUCAUUUAUUGGUAUUUCUACACUCUUUACAUUCUUCUACUUUCUCUUUCUCUCUGUCUUCUUCUUCUUCUUCGUUUUUCACCUUCCCGAUCGGGAGGAGGGAGCUUCUUGGGGACUAAUUUUUUUUUAGGAACGGACUCAUUUGGACUGACCCUUGAUGUGAUUUCUUUGUUUUUCGUGGUAAUUGGAUUGGAUUGCGAGUCCUCGAUCGAAUCUGGCGGCGUUUGAGAUCAAUUCUUCCCUUUGUUAUUGUGUUUUUGAGGAGUACAAGGAUUUCGAGGAUUGGGGUUUUGAUUUGAGGAUAUGGGUUGUUUUCCUUGUUUCGAUUCGAGGGAGGAGGAGAAGCUAAAUCCUGAAAGGGAAAGCGAUGAUGGUCAGCAAGACCAUCCAAUGGUUCCACCGAACAUUGCAAAAUUACCUUCUGGCACAGACAAACUUGGGUCCAAAAGUAAUGGAGGUUCCAAAAGGGAACAGCAGAUUCCCAAGGAUGCUCCUCUUGUCAAUAUUUCUGCUCAAACAUUCACUUUCCGGGAACUUGCUAUUGCGACAAAGAACUUUAGACCCGAAUGUUUUAUUGGGGAAGGAGGAUUUGGACGUGUAUACAAAGGGCGGCUCGAAAGCACAGGCCAGAUUGUUGCUGUUAAACAGUUGGAUAGGAAUGGUCUUCAAGGCAACAGAGAAUUUCUAGUGGAGGUUCUCAUGCUUAGUCUUCUACAUCAUCCAAAUUUGGUGAAUCUGAUUGGUUACUGUGCUGAUGGGGAUCAACGGCUUCUUGUGUAUGAGUUCAUGCCUUUGGGAUCAUUGGAAGAUCAUCUUCACGAAAUUCCACCUGAUAAGGAACCCCUUGAUUGGAACACAAGAAUGAAAAUAGCUGCUGGUGCAGCCCGAGGUUUAGAGUACUUGCAUGACAAGGCAAACCCUCCAGUUAUUUAUAGAGACUUCAAAUCCUCCAAUAUAUUACUUGAGGAAGGAUACCAUCCAAAGCUUUCUGAUUUUGGCCUCGCCAAGCUUGGCCCUGUUGGAGAUAAAUCUCAUGUUUCCACCAGGGUCAUGGGGACUUAUGGUUACUGUGCUCCUGAGUACGCCAUGACUGGACAAUUAACCGUCAAGUCUGAUGUUUAUAGUUUUGGUGUUGUCUUCUUAGAGUUGAUUACUGGACGGAGAGCCAUUGAUAGCACCCGACCCCAAGGUGAACAGAACCUUGUCACAUGGGCACGCCCGUUUUUUAACGAUCGCCGAAGAUUCUCAAAACUGGCUGAUCCACAGUUGCAGGGGCGGUAUCCCAUGCGAGGUCUCUACCAGGCUUUAGCUGUGGCAUCCAUGUGUACCCAAGAACAGGCUGCAGCUCGUCCACUCAUUGGAGACGUGGUCACUGCCCUGUCUUAUUUAGCAAAUCAGUCCUAUGAUCCAAGUUCUCCUUCAGGUACUGCUGCCGCUCAGAGAGGUUCUGGUGACCGGGACGAAAGACAGAACAGUGGCGAGAAAGGUGGAGGGGUGGUAAAGAAUGAAGAAGGGGGAGCAUCUGGACGAAGGUGGACACUGGAUGGUCCGGAGAAGGACGACUCCCCUAGGGAGACUGCAAGGAUUUUGAAUAGGGAUUUAGACAGAGAGCGUGCGGUCGCUGAGGCGAAGAUGUGGGGAGAGAAUUGGCGAGAAAAAAGACGACAGAGCACGCAAGGCAGUUUUGAUGGGUCUAAUGGAUAAGUAAUGCAAUUAGAAGAAGAGAUGCAGAAGGAAUGAUCUCCCUCUGUUACCGCGUCUACUUCUCAUUCCUUCCCUACGUUUGAUCGGUGGAGGAAGAAGGAAGAGGUUCCAAUGUUAGGAGGUGUUAUUGAAGCUUCUAAAACGUUGCUCAUAGGGUGGCUGCUACUCAGUGUCAUUGUGAGCAGCAAAGCAAUGGAUGUAGGGGUUGGGUUGAUCCUUGCGGACUUGGUUAAUACUUUUUUUUCUCAACUCUGUUCAGUUAAAAUUUUCCUCCUUUAUGAAUUCCCAUAACCCAUACAUGAGAAGGAGGAGGAAGAAGAAGAAGAAGGAGAAGAAGAAGUAAAGGCAAGCAUGGUGGAGGAGAAUGCAAUGUACAUAGAGAGACGUGAGGCUUGGCAUGUUUGAUUGCCUAUGUCCUGUAUGAUGAACUCUGCAGUACAAAACUGUUUGAAUCGGCCAAUUUUGAUGAACUCUGCGGUAUAAAGCAGAGAGCAGCAGGUUUUGUUUAAUAAAACUCUAUACCAC